AUGAAGCGCUCACGAGAGCCGGAAGAAGAAGACGACGACGAGGAACAAGCGCAAGGCCCUGAUCCCCGCGUCACCCAGCGGAAGGCCACGACGCCACUGUCCAUGCCCGGCUCGCCGCAACGGCCACCAUCCAAAAUCCCGGAGCUUGACACAGCCAUAGACGAUACUCAAGACGACUCAUGCACAAUGAGAUGCUCCUUGCCACCUCACAAGUCUCCCAUUAGCUUCAGCUCCUACGGAGACUAUGAGACGCACUACCACCAGUUUCACACGAACCGGUGUCUAGAGUGCAGCAAAAACUUUCCGUCCGACCACCUCCUCGGCGUCCACAUUGAGGAAUGGCACGAUCCCCUCGUCAAGGUCCGCAGAGACAAGGGAGAACACACUUACUCUUGCUUCGUUGAGGGCUGUGACCGGAAAUGCCUGACACACCAGAAGCGGAGAAUGCACAUGAUUGACAAGCAUAUGUACCCGAAGAACUUCUUCUUCUCCGUCACCAAAGACGGCAUUGAUGGGAGGCGGAGCCUGCUGGUCGACCACGGCCAUCACCGACGAAGGUCCUCCGCGAGCGUCCAGUCCAAGGAGACGCGCCGUCGUGCUAGCACCUUGGAAGAACCCCAGGCAGGGACCGGCCCAGAACGCAGCCCCGCUGUCGGUGUGGAAGAGGGCUCGACAAAGAACCCCAAGGAGACGCAGGAUGCAGAUAUGGCCGACCUUACGGGCGCCAUGUCCGCGUUGCAAUUCGUGCCACCCAGCGUCCGCUUCGGCCGCGGUCGCGCGGGCUUUGCCAAAAGAUAG